UUCUGAGCAGGCGGGGUCCUGGCGUCAGUAUUUUAACAUUUUAACACUGGUCAACUUUUGGGUGAACAUUAGAAACACUUGUGAGCCUCUCUUAUUGAUUUAUCCCCGAGCAGCUGAGGCUCAGUCGUGGUCCUGGUGGAGUUUGAGGUGCUCGGUUCGACCAUGGAGCCCCUCCGGCUGUUGUUGAGCGUGCUGUCCGUGUGUGUGUCGCUGCUGCCGGCCAGGCUGGCCGCCUUCUCCCAGGCGACGGACAGCGACUUCACGUUCAGCCUGCCCGCCGGCCGAAAGGAGUGCUUCUUCCAGACCAUGAAGAAGGACGCCUCGCUGGAGAUCGAGUAUCAGGUGUUGGAUGGCGCAGGCCUCGAUGUAGACUUCUCCAUCUUCUCCCCAUCAGGCCAGCUGCUGUUCAGUGACUACCACAAGUCGGACGGCAUUCACACUGUAGAAACAGAAGACGGGGACUACAUGUUGUGCUUUGACAACACGUUCAGCUCCGUCUCUGAGAAGCUCAUCUUCUUUGAAUUGAUACUGGACAACAUGGAUACAGAUGAAAGCCCAGAAGAGUGGAAGGAGUAUGUUCAUGGGACAGAUAUGCUGGACAUGAAGCUGGAAGACAUCAUGGACACGAUCAACAAUGUAAAGUCUCGACUGGGCAAAAGCGUGCAAAUCCAGACAGUGCUCCGAGCGUUUGAAGCUCGGGACCGAAACAUCCAGGAGAGUAACUUUGAGAGGGUGAACUUUUGGUCAGUGGUCAAUCUCGUCGUGAUGUUGGUGGUGUCUGCGGUUCAGGUCUAUUUAGUACGUUCACUCUUUGAAGAUAAAAGGAAAAUUCGCACGUAACACCAUGGAGAGUAACAGAGCAGGAAACUACUAAAGUUAUCUUGAAAUUCCUUAGGGAUUUUAUUUUCACCCCCUGCCCCACCAAAAAAAAAAGAUGGAUUGGAAGCUUCAAGAAAGCUCUCACAUAAAUAUGCAAACACAUAUACACAGACAGCAUCAGAAACGUUAUUCAGAUCAAAUUCACCACUGGUUUUUGCUCUGAUUUUACGGUCCACUGGAGUUUGGAAAAUGGUGAUUAUUUCAAGUGAAGAAUACAAACCUCUGACUAUGAGCCUCUCUACUGUAUGUCAACAUUUCUGUCUGUUUGCUUUAAAAACAUCUCAGUUUUAUAUUGUUCAAAGGUCUUUCAUAACUAAUGUAAUUAUUUACAGAAAGUGAAAUAAUGAGUAUGUUUGAUAUGCAACUAUUUUUCUAACGGAGCCUAAAAGUAUCAGGCCAGUGGCCAGUUUGCAGAGAUGUCAGUUUUGUACUUUGGAAGUUGUUGGUUUUUUUUCCCCCUCUUGAGUGUUGAGCUGAAGUACAUGAAGACAUCUGCGUCUGAAGGAGUUGUUCCUGCCAAACAGGAGUGGGUGGUGCAACCAGUUUGGCAGCUUGUCUUUCCAACAUGCUUAAUGGUGUCAAUAAUAUACUCUUAUAUUAUUAAUUGUUAGCAAUUUCCCAAUCUGUGAGAUCUUUAAUGAUUUCCACAAACAUGCAUGCUGUUACAAUCAGUCGCGCAUUCUCUUCAGCCAAGCUUUAAAAAGUCAGGUGUGUGUAUAUAGGGCUAUGAAAGAGAAGACAUGAAAAUCUCUUCAGAUCAGUGAUUAGUGGCUAUCUCCACCAUCGCACUAUGUGGAUUUGUGGAGUGAGCGCUGCCAGGUCCACUAGCUUCCUACUGUGAAUCUUCACGGCUGCUGGUGGGUGUCUACUUACAGGCCACUUACUGCAUGAAGGCGUUGACUUCUGUCUGGUGACAGAAGUCUAUUUCUAUCUUCCUGACACCUGAAGGGUCAUUGCCACAGACACUGCUCAGUUGAAUGUGCUGUAGUCAUCUAAGGCCGUGGCUUUGUCAGAAGUCUAACAUAGUAGCAUUUGUCUGUCAAAGCAUUUUUUUUUUUUAAACUGACAUCUUAUUAUUGCACUUUUUCUCAGGUGCCAUGAAAGUAAAUAUUUCUUGGUAUGCAUAUUUUUACAUCUUUGACACUGACGUUUUAAUGAUGAACUACACAAUGGAAGUACAAGAAACUGCUUGCAAACUUGUCUGUUAUGUGGAUGAAAGAUGAUCCAUGAAGAUGUUUUAGUAUAGAAAUACUUUAUUAAUCCCAUGUGGGAAGUAAUCUCGUUAUAGCAGCAAAAGAUGAAAAACCUAUAGAGACUAUGCAACAAAAAAGUAUAAAAACUUAGAUUAAAAAAAAAGUGUAGGAUAUAUAUACACAUAUUUACAGAUAAGGGUCAGUCUGUGCAAAUUGCAACAAAAAUAAAGUGCCAAACUAAAAAAGGGCAUGACUUUAUCCAGACAAUUACCUGCCACACAGGUGAUUUACUGUACAGGGAAAUAGCACGAGGAAGGAAAGACUGUCUGUAGAGUUCUUUGUGACAGCUGUCAUUCAGCUGUGACAGCUGAAUGACUCUUUGUGAACAACUGUCUCUGAAGUGUGUUGUGAAGGGGGCAGGGGGGAUUGUGGACGAUUGGGAGCAGUUGGUAGCAUGUCCCCUUUUUCUUCGAAAUGUGUCCAGGCUCAGCACAAUGACAGAACCAGCCUUACAGAUGAGUUUGUUGAGCAUGUUCCCUGGCACUGGUACCUCAGUGAGAUGGCACUCAGCACCAAAGACGUGAAGAAGAGCUCAAGCAUCUUGUUGCACACAUUAAAUGAUCUGAGCUUCCUCUUCUGUACAACAUUGAAGUUGUCCUAAUCCAGACCGUUGUUUAAGUGGACAUCCAAGUACUUGCAGUUGCCAACAGUCUGACCAACCUUCUCCACCAUUAUGGUUAUUGACUUAAUUGCCAAAGUCAGCCACCGCCUCCUUGGUCUUUGAAACAUUUAGGAGCGGAUGGUUUCUGUUGCACUAGUCCCCAAAGCUAUCCAGCAGACAGCCUGUACUCCAACUCAGAACGUCUGCAGGUGGCAUGAUUCUGUGUUUUACUGGAAAUCAGACAUAUGCAGAGUGAACAGAAAAGGAGACAGGAUGUGUAUAAAUAUGGUUGGGUGACGUUAAAGGCACUGUGGAGUAAAAAAAACCAUGAUCAUCAUAGUGCCACCUCCACAUCCAGGUGAGAGUGAGCAUACUGCAGUAGAUGGAUGACAGCAUCACCAGCUGUCUCAUGAGGGUGUGAAGGCUGCACCUGUGUGGUACGGCCCAGCAGGGGUCCAGAGUUCACCUUCAGUUCCCGCCCUAUUCUCCUCAGCACGUCUUUAUCACCAGAGCUUCUUUUUGUUGACAAGAUCCAUCAGGUCACUGGUGAUCCAAGGUUUGUUGUUAGGGUAGCUGUAAACAGUAUAGAGGGGAUACUGGCUCCCCUCAGAGAAUCUAAUAUCAUCAUCAUGUGGUUCGCAGAGUUCAGCCAAAUCUGUGUUCUUAAAAUGGUCCUGCAGGGUCUGAAUUUGACCUGUGCUGUGAGAUAAAGAUCAAACAGUGAGACGAUGCCUUCAUAUUUUACAAAGCCUUAUGCUGGAAGGAUGUGAUUGGCCUAAUGUGUUACAAUUAUACAUAUGUGCGAUAUAGCUGUGGCAUUAUUCACACUGGUUUAUAUGUUACCUGCAGUAGCACUGGAUGUUUGGUUUGUGAGAAAAAGUUAACUUACUUUUUAUUCCACUGUUAAGGAGCUUGUCACUGUCAUAUCCAGUGUUUGAGCCCUGCAUGAUGAGGUUUGGAAACUUUUAUAACAAUAUCUAAUAAAGCUGAUCCAUUUUAAAGUGUUUUUGAAAUCCUACAGUAAUAUGACAUUUGUAAAACUAUUUCUAUGUUACUGAGCAGAUUAUUGAUGAGUCCACACCCACUCUGUUUUGUAAGUUUUAUACUACCAUGAUGAUGCUCUGAGGAGAAAAGAGACUGACAGAUUUUUGCCCAAGCAGAAGCUUUGUCAGAAAUGUAUGAUUAUGAUAUGAUCAGGUCAAUUUAAAUGUUACUUUCUGAAAGUUUUGACAUUCAUCCUUACCCCGGGUUUCAUCAUGUUAACAAUGUACUGUGUUGGAGUUUUAAGCAAGUUGAAGCAGACAGGUUCACUGAAGUUGUAAAUUUGUGUAAAUUAAAUAAUCCUAUCUUUUUCUGA